UGACUAUUUUACCUGACCUUUGCCCUGUAGGCCUGGUGUAAACUCAGUAAAUAGAGUUUGACAGCUGCAUUCAUCGCAUUGGGUUUAAUGUACAUGACAAAAAAUCAAAUAGAUUCUGAACUAUGUUGAAACUUCGACAUCAGGGAAUUCUGUCGAUGAGAAACAUAGUCAGAAAAAGUACAUCAGUAAUUGCUCAUUCAGAUUUACAGGAGCUUGAAGAUGGCAGAAUAGUUCACUCUGGAAUGCCAUUUGCACAUGCUAAAAUUGGACAGUUCUUUCAAGAGAAACCACUAUUGGGAAACCAGUUUUCAGAAGAUUCAGUCCUUCAGUCAUAUUUACAGAGAUACGUCCCUAAAGAGAUUUAUGGUGAGAUAUCUCCUGACUUAAAAAGAUUUGGAGAAAGGGUAGCAACAGACAUUUAUGAUCUCCAUUUACAGUGCGAUAAGGAAAUACCACAACUAGAACAAUAUGAUGCUUGGGGAAAACGUGUAGAUAAUCUGAUUACCUCCCCUGCCUGGAAACGUAUGCAUGAUAUUUCAGCAGAAGAAGGUCUAAUUGCUAUAGCCUAUGAAAAGAAAUAUGGAGAAUGGAGUCGACUCUAUCAAAUGGCUAAACUGUACUUGUACAGUCCAUCAGCUGGGUUAUAUAGUUGUCCAUUAGCCAUGACGGAUGGUGCAUCAAGCAUUAUAGAGACAAUUGGUGAUGAAAAUCCCUGGAUGAAAGAGAGAGCAUACAUCAGAUUAACCAGCCGAGACCCAAAAAAGUUUUGGACGUCUGGUCAAUGGAUGACAGAAAGAAGAGGCGGUUCUGAUGUUGCCAGAGGAACAGAGACUCUAGCUCAGUUACAACCAGAUGGUUCUUACACACUUCAUGGUUACAAAUGGUUCUCCUCAGCAACAGACUCGGAUAUGACCUUUACAUUAGCACGACCAUUAGACAAAAAUGGAAUGGUUGUGGAUGGAACCCAAGGUUUAUCAUUAUUUUAUCUUGAGAUAAGAAAUGAAGAUGGCCAAUUGAAUAAUAUACAGAUUCAGAAAUUAAAGAAUAAAUUAGGAACUAAACAAGUUCCAACAGCAGAACUUCUUCUUGAUGGUACAAGGGCUUUUAAGGUGUCAGAUGAUGGGCGUGGUGUCGCUUCCAUAUCUAGUAUGUUAACCAUUACUAGAAUGCACAAUGCUUUAUCUUCAGCGAGUUCUAUGAGACGUAUAGUAAAUAUGGCUAGAGACUAUAGUACAAGAAGACAAGCAUUUGGAAACAUCUUGAAAGAUUAUCCUCUUCAUAUCCAGACAUUAGCUAGAAUGGAGAUUGAAACAAGGGGAGCUACUCUGUUUUUCCUGGAGAUGGCACGUUUAUUAGGUAAAGAAGAUGUUAAAAUAAUAUCAGAUGAGGAGAAAGAAUUAUUUAGAUUAAUGACACCAGUAUUAAAACUAUAUACAGCGAAACAGGCUGUAUCUGUAGCAUCAGAAGGGCUGGAAUGUUUUGGAGGUCAAGGUUAUAUAGAAGAUACAGGUAUACCUGGUAUAUUACGAGAUGCUCAGGUGUUAACAAUAUGGGAAGGUACAACUAACAUUCUAUCAUUAGAUGUAUUACGAGCUAUAUCCAAAUCUAAUGGUCACGCUCUGAAAACAUAUUAUAAAGAAAUACAAAAUAAACUGAACUUGAUUAAAGGAAACAAAUCAUUAGAAGAAAGUGGUGUUAAAGUUGAUCACGCUGCUGAUAAUAUUAUAAACUUUGCUACAAAAAAUACAAGCAGUUUACAAUUUGCUGCUAGAGAUUUUGCCUACAGCCUGGCCAGAACUUAUAUGGGUGCCUUAAUGUUAGAACAAGCUACUAGUAGCAGUGGUACUGAACAAGAUAUAUAUGCAGCUAAAAGAUGGUGUCAACAAGAUUUAUGUCCAGUUACCACAAAUCACAAGACAGAGAGUUAUUCCAGUCAAACUGAAGAUGCCAAUUUUAACUUAGUAUUUGAUGGUUAUUCUCGUCAAAGUCGACUUUAAUUUUCAGUUAUUUCAAUGGAUUACUCCGCUGUUUGACACCAGUAUUAAAAUGGAUUACUCCUCUGUUUGGAACCAUUAUUUGAUUUAUACUAUUGAAUUAAAACAGAGUUAUAGUGAUUUUAUGUCAAACAGAGCUGAUAGAUUCAAAUGUUUGGCUAGAUUAUAAUUUUGCUCAAUUACUCCAUUUUUGUUCAUGUACAUAAAUAUCAUAAUAAAUCAGAUUUAAUCUAGUGAUGAUUAUCUCAUGGGAUACUAAAUUCCAUGCUUGAAUGCUCUUAAUCCUACAAAAUGUGACAAUUGACAAGAUAAUUUCAGGCGAUUAGACACCCAGCAUUUGUUUUUGGGGUGCCAACAGAACUGUUGCAGCCAUUAAUUCUGCUGUGUUACUUGAUUGCAGUUCCAUGAAUUUGUAAUGUUCCAGGGGCCUGUUUCACGAAAUUUUAAUUAAGAUAAAAUCCAAAUUUUAGUAAUUUGAUUGGAUAAUCUUAGACUGGUUGUAGUGCUUAACCAAUCAAAAUUGAAGUAUCUACUAAAAUUUGGAUUUUAUCUUUAGUUAAGAUUUCGAGAAACAGGACCCAGGUUCACAAUCCAAGUGUGAUAUAAAUGUUUUUGUAAUCUUUUAUAAGAUGUUUGUUUAAAUGAUUAAUAUUUGUAUAUUAAAGAAUCACAAUAACUUGUUUUUUUUAAAUUUUGAUUCAGGUUAAACUAUUGAAAUAAAUGC